AUGUUGUCUCCUUUAAAAGUUCAUAUACAAGUUGUCGAGGCAAAGGAUUUGAAGAAGAGAGAGUUUGGCAAAUAUGAUCCAUAUGUUGAGGUUAGACAUUUGAAUAGUGUCAGAAUGACAAAGGUUAUAAAGAAUAAUCAAUCUCCAGUUUGGAAUGAUUCCUUCGAUUUCAAUGUGGACAUACUAAACUCACCAAUAAUAUUAUUGGUAUGGGAUAAGGAGAUAUUGUUCUUUGGCGAUAACCUCAUUGGUUGUGUUGUGUUGGAAUUACCAAAGCUCAGAUUCGAAGAGAGUGCUGGAAUAUAUAGUGUGGAUGUUUGGACACCCAUCCAGAGACUUGGUAAACCUGAUCCAGUGCGUGGCAGGCUACACGUUAAACUACAGUGUCGCAACUCAAUGGAGAUACUCAAUGACGAUUGGUAUCUACUUGGUGGCGACCACGACUCUGAUGUCUGCGACAAGGUUUACAUUGGUGAUGACACCAGCACCACCACCUGUCAAGAGACAUUACGACCGCCUCCCAGCAAGAAAGAGCGUGCAUUGUUGGAUGAUUCAGCUCCAUCAUCAUCUUGUUCAACUUUACUGAAUGACAUUGGUAUCGACUCGUCAUCCAGGACAUUGUUGAUCAGUGAUCAUGACAUGCUCUCACAUUGCAUCAUUUGUGACAGGAAGGAUCAACCUACCAACCUAUUUCUCAUGGAGGAAUGUCUGCACAACAUCUGCCGAAGAUGUCUAGUUGGCGGCAUUCGCCAGCAGCUGCGUUCCACCGACUCCAACUUUACCUGUAUAUACAAGACCUGUACAUUUAAACUCCAACCAACUCUUUACAAAGUAAGUUUAUGUUUGUGUUGA